AUGGAUAACGGAUCUCUCAUUAAAGAUUUUUCAAAUUUGCUUGAAAGCUCUCAAGAUUUUGAUACAAAAAUCACAGUUGGUGAAGAACCAAAUAUUAAAGAAUUUAAGGCUCAUUCUAUUAUCCUAACAACAAGAUCAGCUUAUUUUAAAACCGCAUUGUCAUCACAAUGGGUAAAGAAAGAAAAUGGAAUCAUCAUUUUCAAUAAACCUAAUAUUUCACCAUCAGUGUUUGAGAUUCUUAUAAACUAUAUUUACACAGGAGAAUUUUUAGAUAACAAUAAUGUUGACCUUCUCGAUAUUUUUAUUGCAACUGAUGAGCUUCAAUUAAAUGAAAUUAAACAAAAAGUUGAAAAACGCUUGCUUGAAACUGAAUCAGCUUGGAAAUUUCCUGAAGACUUCGUUAAAAUAUGUAAACAUAAUACUUUCACUGAUUUAUAUCAAACUGCAUUCGAUCUUGUAUGCAGAAAGCCUAAAGUUAUUUUUGAAUCAAAAGAUUUUUCAAAAGUAGAGGAAGAUGAUCUAAUUAAACUUUUGAAAUCUGAUAGACUUCAAUUAGAAGAGUUUGAAAUUUGGGAAUAUUUAAUUAAAUGGGGGAUUGAAAAUACCGAAACUAUUUUAGAUGAUGAUUUAACUAAAUGGUCGCAAACUGAUUUUAUAGAACUUGAAAAAGUUUUGCAUAACUGUAUUCCUCAUAUUAGAUUUUUUCAAUUAUCAUUUGACGAAUUUAACUUAGUUACAACUAAAUAUAAAAAUAUUUUACCUGAUGAUCUUAUUGUAAAAAGUUUUCAAGAGUUGUCUGAUUCUCAAACUAAACAUAAUUUACCAAAAAGAGAACUAGCAUAUUCUUUUGAUUCUAAAAUCAUCGAUGCUAAAGAUGCUGCAUUAAUAGCAAGUUGGAUUGAUAAGAAACAAGGAGUGCCUUAUCGUUUUAACGACAUGCCAUUCGAAUUUAAGCUUAUUUAUCGAGCAAGUCGUCAAAAUUUUAGUGUUUCUAAUUUUCAUAAGAUUUGUGAUUGUAAGGGACCAACUGUUGUUAUAAUUAAAGUCCGAAAUUCAAAUGAAAUAAUUGGUGGAUAUAAUCCGUUAGAUUGGAAUGAUAUUGAUGCUUAUGAUGAUCAUGAGUUCAAAAAAACAUCAAAAAGUUUUAUAUUUUCACUAUUUUCAUCAUCUAACGGAGCAAUUCCCAGAUUAAGCUUUGUCUCUUCUCAAAAAGAAGCAAUCACCUGGUGUACAUAUAGAGGACCAUGUUUUGGUUUCAAAGAUUUAUGGAUAGAACAUACUAGUUCACAAGGAGCCAUUGGUAUAAGUAAAAAAUGCUCUUAUGAAAUAGGAAUCAUUGACAAAGAAACUUUUGGAAUAGAAGAAUAUGAAACAGUGAUUACCAGUACAAUAGCAAAACACCUUGACAAUAAAACCCGAAAACACAGACUAAAUCUUGACAUAAUACUACUGGGUUUUCUGCCACACAACGUACCCAACUUGUGA